GCCCAGUUUACUCUUCCAUAAAACAGAGAGAUUUCUCCCAAAAUUUCCUUAUUAUUUUCAUAAGCUUUUCUGAUUCUUAACACCAUGGCCCAGUACCUUGAACUCAUCGCUCCGAUCACCAGCACCACCACUAUGGUGGUCUUCUCCAUCUUCGAAUCAACUCUUUCAACCUCAAAAUCUCUCUCUAAUCCUUGCUGAGAGGAUCUGAACUUUCUCUCUAUAUCGCCGGCACCACCGUGGCCCGCACGCGCGUGAUCUCCAACUCCCAAAGCCCCGUGUGGAACGCUUCAAGAUCCCCCUUGCACACUCGGCCUUCGAAGUCGAAUUCUACGUCAAAGACAACGACAUGUUCUCCGCUCGCCGGAUCCUCUCCGGCGAAACCAUCAGUGAAUGGCUGCCGAUACUCAACUCACUCGGCAAGCCUCCGAAACUGGACGCAUCGCUCCUACUCGAAAUGAGGUUCACGAAAUGCGAGGACAAUCCGAUAUACCGGUGCGGCAUCACGACCGAUCCGGACCAUUUCGGAGUCCGAAACUCCUACUUCCUGGUUCGGAAAGGCGGGUCGGUCAAAGAAAUUCAAAACCAAAGUAUUCACGGCGUUUCGGCUUUGGCAGCGUUUCGUUCCACGCCACGUAUGAUUUCAGCCUUGAUCAUUCACAUGUCAAAUCGGUUUCUCCAUUUCCUCAUUUAAUACAACUCUUCCAUAUUCUCAGACUCUCUCAAAACCUGCUUGUUUUUGGCUAUGCUUAUCCGGCUUAUGAGUGUUUUAAAACUGUGGAGAAAAAUAAGCCUCAGAUUGAGCAACUUCUCUUUUGGUGCCAAUACUGGAUUAUAGUUGCUAUGCUUACAGUCUUUGAAAGAGUUGGGGAUACUUUCAUUUCAUGGCUACCACUGUACAGUGAAGCAAAGUUGGCAAUCUUUAUAUAUCUUUGGCAUCCUAAAACAAAGGGAACAUCAUAUGUUUAUAAAUCUUUCUUCCAGCCUUAUGUGGCUAAACAUGAAGGGGAAAUUGAUCACACCUUAUUGGAGUUGAGAGUUAAGGCUUGGGAUAUUGCAAUUCUGUAUUGGCAAAAGGCUGUGAAUUUUGGCCAAACAAGGUUUUUUGAGAUUCUGCAGUAUGUUUCUUCUCAGUCAGCAGCACGGCCUAAACCUGAUAAGGUAUCCAUUGACAAGGAAAAGUAAUAUCUGCUCUAGGGAUCAGAAGUCAUUUGUUUAGUGCAUUCUACUCUGCAUUAUUCUGAUGGUAAUUGUUAAAAUUGGGAUAAGAAUGUUGAUUACUCGAUCUUUUGCCUUAAGCUCAUUAUGCAGAAACUGUGUAUACUUGAUCCUUAUACAUCAAAUUUUUUUUUUUUGGCCCUUUUAUAUGGUUUAAUACUGAACCUAAGUAGUUGGAGUUAAGGCAUUGUUGUCUUAGGCAAACUUUAUUUGUUAAGACAAGGUAAUGAGAUUGUAUUUAACUAAAUUUAGAGAAAUAACUGAUAGAAUAUUUGUUUCAUUGCA